AUGGAGGAAUUUUUGGGAAAAGUGACCCAACAUGCGAUGAACUAUGCCAUACGCUCUGGAAUUGGAAUAACGGCUUCAUUUGCCAUUAGACAGACCUCAAGGCUUCUUCGGACUGUAGAUAAUCAUACCGACUACCGUGAGCUUCAUAGCCUACAAGAGCGUCUAGACAGCAAGAUUCGUAUAAUCUCACCGGCUAUAGAUCUUAUAGAGCUAAUAUCUGCGAGAGGGAAUACCACCCUCGAGUCAGCUGUAACCCUUACGAAAAAACUCCGAUGGGAUAUCCAGUCGCUUGGUGUUCGGCUCGAGAAGGCUGCUAGUGCUGAAGAGAAGUCCAGAAAAAAUAGGGAACGAACAAAGUCUCGUACAGCGCACGAGACUGAAAUCCGGCAAAUUGUGGAUGGGAUCAAAUUGAUACUGGCUCGUAUUGAAGAUGCUGUGCCACUCAUCAAUCUAGCCAUCACUACUUCGGGUGCCAGUCUCUCUACCACCCUUCCGCCCUCAGUAUCACCAUCGAGACUCCUACAAGCUAGUACCUUUCUCACGACUGGAGACACUCAAUACCUCAUGAGCCCUAACUUGCCUGUUCAAAUUGGACCAACUUUCACUCUUUCCCUGUAUAUGCUCUUCGCAGGACAUUCCUUUCAAUUGAACCAAGACGAGGAUAGAGUUCGAUCUUUCAGAUGGAAAGAAAUAAUUCACAAAGCUAGGGUUAAACUAGUACGCACUCCUACUAGUUGUUUAGAUGCAAGCACAUCGAUCCAGGAAGGAGAUGAAUUUAAUCUAAAUCGACCAACUGUGUCCCCUACCACAAGCAAAAGAAACAAAUUUAUGGCCGGAAGCAGUUUGCAAAGCGAAUACUCAUAUGAUUUAGAAAUAGUUGAAGAUCUGGAUGAUAACCGGGUGCACUCAACAGAAGAAAAUGAAUUUCGACCGGGGUCUUAUGGUGGCGUCGAUUUGGCUGGGAUUCGGGAAAUACUACCAAUCUAUCAAAUUGGUAAAAUAUUCUACGCUGAUACUGGAAAAAUUCUGAACAUAGGGGAUGCGGGGGAAGCUAGUAGUCCUGUUUUAUUACUCAAGAGAGAUAUGAACGCGCAACCGCCACGGAAGAUGAUGUCAGAAAACGAAAAUAGUCAAAAUUGGCCUGAAAACCCCGAAAAUUCUGAUUGUAACUAUUUAGAUGAAGAAGAGAAUGAAACCCAACACGAUGUUGACUAUCAACUUCUCAUAGAAAACUCAAAUCAUCAGUCAGAAGAAACAUGUGAGCCUCCCUCACAUUCUCAUGAAACAAAAUGGCGCCUGCCGACAGAUCUAGACCCAGAAUGGCUAGCAUUCGAAGUUUACUCUGAUUUAGGAGAAUUAGACUCAGAAGACGAACGAGAACUAAAUCAUGGCUCGCAACUUUCUUCCCAACAGCCUAGUUCCUCCGGCGAAGAUGCUAUGUCCACGGGUCUCGCCGAGGAGGUUUCUAAUCUUAACCUCGCUCCAGACGCUUCAUCAUCUCCCCCGAAGCAAAUGCCUGAAAUAGAGUCAUUCCAAGUUCCUACUACGUCACCUUUAUCUGCAGAAUCUCCUUUUGGUCUCAUUAGAUCAUCUUUAUCUCUCCUUGAAAUGCUAAUUCGUCUGACCGCUCUUCAACAAUUUCAACAAGCUUCUCAUCUAUCCAUACCCGACGAACUUCUCACGUUCUUCCUUGAAGAAUCUUCAACUACUGGUGCUGGUGGCAAUGACGAAGAGCGUAGACGUACUCGUCGUGAAGCUCGCCGAAAGGUUGGCUUCGAUCCAUAUGACGAGAGCCCUAUCAAGAGACAUGGAGAAGAAUACCAAAGGUACCACUGUGGCCAGCAGGAUUCUCGAGGGGAGACUCCUAGGGACUAUGAUAACCAGGAUGGGUUCUCUAGUUGGUUAAGAGAUCAGCCAAGUACACCAGAACCAUGGCUGCAGAGGAAUAGAGCAAUAAGAUCCCCUCCCAAGAGUGUGCUGGGAAUGAUUGCUAGCUCGCCGCCAUCUCCAUAUUCAUCUCGUACGAGGUCGACCGGACCUUUCGGAAAAACUAGGAAUAUAUCUAGCCAACCGAAACGAAGCCCUUUAGGACGAAGUUUAAAUCAUGAUGUUGAUUCAUCUUUGGGAACUAGCCCUGGAAGUCCGGUAUUGCCUGAAACUGAUUAA